AUGAGCGCGUCCCCCAAGGACCGCCUCUCGCGCAAUGCAUCGCCAGCACCUCGUCAGGGCGUGAGCCCGCUCCUUUUACCGACUCGAGGAUCGCUGUCGCUGGCUCAGGAGGAACCGCGCCGAUCGUCUAUUCAAUUUCUGGCACACAGGAAUUCGUCGUUACCGCGAGGGAGUCCCAAGUCUAAGCAGAGGCGGCGCCUGUCUUCACCACCUCCUCCUCCAAACUUUCAGCCACGUGUCUCGUUUGAUACUUUCGACAAGCCCGCAGACUUCAUCGAGGAGAGUUCCUUCACUCUAAUAGCCAAGCACAAGGACUAUGAGUACACCAAGCGGUCCAGGACAUUUCUGUGUGGCUUCGACGAGAACGAAUACUCUACCUACGCGCUUCAAUGGCUGAUCAACGAGCUCGUGGACGACGGUGAUGAGAUUGUGUGUCUGAGGGUGGUGGAGAAGGAAGACACAAUAGCUGGAGACCGCAGCGUAGAGACCGGGCGAUACAAGAGGGAGGCCGACGCAACCAUGCAGGACAUUCAAGGUCGGAACCGGGAGAACAAGGCCAUCAACCUCAUCUUGGAAUUCUCGGUUGGUAAAGUGAACAAAGUCAUCGACGACAUGAUCAACCUGUACGAGCCUGCAAUCCUCGUUGUCGGCACAAGAGGCAAGAGUCUGGGUGGCUUCCAAGGUCUGCUUCCGGGAAGUGUUUCCAAGUACUGCCUGCAACACUCCCCCGUACCCGUCAUCGUCGUGCGCCCGACAUCGAAACGUGACAAGGCACGAAGUAAGAGGGCAAACGAUCCCAACCGACUGGGCUACCAGGAGAUGCUGGCCAAGAGCGAAAGCUUGCUGGAUGUCACCACGAGUCCAGCUCCAAGUCCACGCGGCAGCUUCGUUGCAACCGAUGAGCAGGCUGCUGCGGUGAAAUCAUCCCUUCAGAACCAGAGUGCGCAACCUACGCAGCCUGUCGAACCUUCACCGCUGGCACAAGUGCACCGCGCCGAGGAAAGUGACGACGAGAAGGACUUGCGAAGUCCAGGGUCGCUGCUCAAGAGUCCUGAAUUGCAGAAUCUCGACAGUCCUGACCUCAGCAGCGAAUCCAGCAGCGAAGACGAAGGUUACGAGGGCGGUGUGUCAACAAGAUCGAGGAGUUCAGGGUCUGACGAGGCACUCGGUGGGGCAGGACAUGAUACCACUACCACAGGAGGAACAGGUGCACAGCAGUACGAGCCAAUCUCGUUCCAGCCGUUCCAGCCGCCCUCAGCAGCAGAGCUGGCGGCGAGCAGGGCGGCGGCCAACGAGCGUGAAGCCGCAUACGUGGCGCCUGAACCGAAGCAAAAGGUGGAUCACAGGUCAGCAGCGCAGAGGAUCAUGGAAGGCGUAUGA